GGGAGAGAGAGAUAUCUGCUUACAGCUGCUGUCAGAUAUCCGAUCGGGUUCGCAUGGCGAGGAGGUAACCUGAUCGAGCGGGGAGGAGUGACUCUGCCAGGGAAGGCUCGAACAAAAAAAAUGUCUUCUUCUUCUGCUGGAGAGGUCACGGCAGUGAAUGACAUCAAGAGGGAAAAUGUGAAGGAGGUGGAUAAGCGUGAGAGCAUCAAGCUGGUGGCGCUGGACGCGGCGGAGUUGUCCAUGGAGCGCACGGCUCCCAACGCCGACGCGGUGCGCACGGAGCUGCUGGUGAGCGCCGCUUCCUCCCUGGCUUUCUCCCCGGAGCAAGUGGCGUGCGUGUGCGAGGCGCUGCAGCAGGGGGGCAACGUGGACCGGCUGGCGAGGUUCUUGUGGUCCUUACCCCAAAGCGACCUGCUCCGCGGCAACGAAAGCAUCCUGAAAGCUCAAGCCCUCGUUGCCUUCCAUCAGGCGCGCUACCAGGAGCUCUACAGUAUUUUGGAGAACCAUAGUUUCAACCCGUCCAACCACACCUUUCUGCAGGAACUGUGGUACAAGGCCCGGUACACGGAGGCGGAGAAGGCGCGGGGGAGACCCCUGGGCGCCGUGGAUAAGUACCGGAUCCGGAGAAAAUACCCUCUCCCCAGGACUAUCUGGGACGGCGAGGAGACGGUUUAUUGUUUCAAGGAGAGGUCGCGGAACGCGCUGAAGGAUCUCUACAACCAGAACAGGUAUCCGUCUCCAGCCGAGAAACGGAAUCUGGCCAAGAUAACCGGACUCUCCUUGACCCAAGUCAGCAACUGGUUCAAAAACAGGCGGCAGAGGGACAGAAACCCAUCGGAAGCGCAGUCCAAAAGUGAGUCUGAUGGAAACCACAGCACAGAGGAUGAGUCCAGUAAGGGCCAGGAGGAGCUGUCCCCUCGUCCUCUCUCCAACUCUUCAGACGGAGUGAUAACCCACGGGAGCCUCCCGGCUCAGGCUGGACCUCUGGACGGGGGCGUCGUCAUCCAGCAGAUCGGCGACAUCAAGAUGUCAGGAUCCAGCGGCGGUGGCGUCUACAACGGCAGCCUCGCAGCCACUAAUGCUUCCUCCACCGUGUUUCACAAUGGCGGCUCAUCCUACCUCCACUCGCCUGGAAACAUCCUUUUCAACGGGCUCAAUCUGGGCAUCCAGCCGCUGGCGUUCAACCCCCUGAGGCCGCCCGGCGGGGUGCUGCUGGGUGGCUCCGGGGGGGACAUGCACAUGCAGACGGGCCAGGAGAAGGGACUGGGCGGCGCCGAGGAGUCCGUCCUGCAGUACUCCUCCUACUCGGGCUGCGUGAACGGGUCGGAGGUGAAGCUGGAGGGCGUCCACACCAUGGCGGCCCAGAACGGAGGCUCCUCUGUGCUCACCUUCAGCUCGCCGUCUGCAGCUCUGCAGCUUGGCGGCUACAGUCUGGUCCCGGUACCGAGCGGAGUCCCUGACAACGACGGCAGCACGCUGCUCAACAGUGAUGUAGGUCUUCCUCCUCUACAGCUGCCGUCUGCUUCAUCUUCCUCAACAAUUACUCAACAAGGUAACAUGUCUCUGAACAGCGCAGCGGUGAGCUCGUCCAGUGAAGACUCCUUCCAGCCGCAGGACAAGCUAACCAUGACGUCUCUGCACCACAACAGUGUCCUCUACAGCCUGAGCAACCAGACCGCCAUCAAGAAGGAGCCUCUGGACGGCGGGAUUUACUCCUCGUACCACGCCGGGCUGCACCUGGACCCCAGCGGUCAGAUCAGCUACACUAGCCCCGACUCGGCCUCCAGCCACGCCGCCGCCGCCACCACCGACGCCACCGUCAGCUCGUCCAGCUCCGAGCCGGAGGUCUACACCACCCUCACCAACAGCACGCCUCUGAUGGCUCCGACGGACCAGGACGCCCAUCACCACCUGCAGCCGGCGGAGUACCUGGGCUCCCACGAGGUGCACCGAGGGGCCCCGCACUCACACCUGAUGGGCCCCAGGAUGAACAGUGACUACAUGAACCUGCCGGAGAGCAAGGCGGACGGCUCAGGGCCCGGGGGGAUGAACGAGAUGGUGCGGGCGAUGUGCGGGGAGCUGGAAGAGGGGAAGGAGCUAGCCAAACUACAGACUGUGCAGAUGGACGAGGGCAUGUCCGACCUUUAACCUCAGACUUUGAAGCACUCACAUCCACCUAGGCAGUCAUAUGAGGAAUCUUUUUACUCUUCUGUGUGCGUGUGAGUGUGUGUGUGAGUUUUUAAGCAUUGAUUUCCUUUAAAUUAUUUGCUUUUAUUUUCACUUUUGAAAUGCACUCUAGUCAGAAAGGAUCCGUGUGGGUGGGCUGCUUCAGCUUUUUACAAAAACGUAAAAAUAAAAGAGGCUGUGACGUGUUAAAAAACGUUCAUGUGAAGAACCAGUGAGGCCUCGUCCACAUGUAGCCGGAUAUCUGAGAAAACAAAUAAAUUUUUAUAAGUUAUGCUGUUUCAUCCACACGAAAACUCUGUUUAAUAUAACUAAAAACAAUUACGUUUCAGAUAUAUUAAAAAUUAAACUCUGUAUUUGUGUUUAGGGUCCCAUGUAUUACAGUUUGCGGCAAAUAAUGCGCCAAUGUAUCCACAAACUUGCUUUAACAUGAUUCCCAAACAGCAUCGUUUUGUAUUUUAUUGCCUUUAUAUUCUAAAAAGCUAUUUAAAAGUAGUUCAACUUGUAAAUCCGUCUGCACAAGUGAACCUCCAGGCGCCAUGUUUGGCUCCUAACAGAAAGUAGUGACCGUUUUGAAGCGAUCUGAUUGGCCGACGUAUGUUUUAGUUUUGUGCUACACUGCCCCCUAUGGGUUUGGCGUGUUUAAUACAACGCGCAGGGACGUAACCGGUCCCUUGUUUUCGAUAUUAAUUAACAAUAUGGCGGAAAUAUUUACGACGGCGAAUUAGGGUCAUCCUAGACAGUAGAGUUUUCAGCAGAAAAACUCUGAAAUUUGAGAUUGAUUUCAGAAAAUUUCUUGAAAAAACAGGGAAAUUUCUUGGGUCUAAAAGUUGAAAAUUUCAAAGAAAAAAAGUUUUUUUGGAUUAAUCUUGUACAUUUACCACAAAAAACAAGGAAAUUUUUUAGCUCUAAAAGUUGAAAAUUUGCAAGAAAAAAAAAUUACAUUUUUAACUUGAUCUCAAAUUUCCUACAAAAAAUAAGAAAAUUUCUGGGCUCCAAGUGUUGAGAAUUUGCAAGAAAAACUCAGAAAUUUUGAGAUUAAUCUCAGAAAUUUUUUUAGAAAAAUCAUGGAAAUUUCAGAGUUUCAAAAGUAAAAACUUUUCAGCUUUUGAACCCGAGAAAUGUACCAAAAAUGUUAAAUUUUCAACUUAGAAAAUUUCUAAGAACAGACACAACAUUUCUGAGUUUUUUGGUUGAAAUUUACUAUCUACAACAGCCCUAACAGAAUAGUAGAUAUUUGUUUUUUAAAAGACCCGGCUACGUGUGGACCAGGCUUUAAAUUGCUCUGAGCGAUGAGAAGUAGCCGCUGCAUUGAGCCUGAGCUUCUUUAAAUGAGCAUUUUUAUAGACAGCACCUGCUACUUCCUGUUGAGUGGAUGUGAUCUGCAGAAGCAGGUGCUGGAAUGCCUCGGGUCACAUGACCGGGAUGUUCCUCCAAACCAAAUGCAUCAUGUGGGUCGAACCAAAAAGGUCACUCUGGAGGGUGGAGAGGGAGAAAGCUACUAGCUGAGCAGCUUCACUGAAGGACUAGAAGGAAUUGGUGAAACACAGAAAAGUUGCUGAUUUAGGAAGAAAAGUGUCCUUGAGGACACAUUUUAAUGUCUCUAAAAGCUUCUCAAGUCCAUACAAAAUGCUGCUUUUGCGUUUUAUAACCUAUUAGAAACCUUGACUGUGGAAGAGUGAAGACAAAUGUGCCUUUCGGCGGCUAAAAAUACCCAACAGCUUGUUUCUUGUUUGGCAUUUGCGCUAUUGCCGUGGCAUUACGAUGUUUGAAACAACCACUGUGCUGGACGGGUUGCCAUGCGCGGCUCAUCCAGAAGACAUGAACGGGUUGCCAUGCGCGGCUCGUCCAGAAGAAAUGCCGGCUGCUGCAGCCCUGGCUCCUGUUCCCAGGCCCAUCAUCAAGUCAUGACACAAACACAGAAGCGAUGACGUCUUUCAUCCUGAGCCGUUUGAGCUUCAGGGUUCCUGCAGAGAUGGAGUUUGAGUUCAGUCUUUUUCCCAAGAGUGGAUAAGUUUGAUAAGCAAAACAAAAUAAGAUUUUUGGAAAAAUAUUUGUUUUUCUAGACUUUUUACCCAUCCCACUAUCUAAAUGUAGUAUCCUUCCUUCCUUUCCUCUCUUGUUCCUCUCUUCCUUCCUUACCUCCUACCUAACUUCCUUCAUUGCGCCCUUCCUUUAUUUCCCUUCAUUGCCGUUUUUCAUGUUUUCUUUCAUCCUUGUGUCCUACAUCUUUCCUUUCUUCCUUAUCUUCUACCUAAUAUCUUCUAUUGCGUCCUUCCAUACUUCCUUGCAUCGUUUCUUGGUCAUCCUUCCUUUCUUCUGUCCUUUGUUUCCUAACAUCCUCCAUUGUGUCCUCUUUAUUUCCUUGUGUCUUUCACUGGUGUCUUUUGUGUUUUUCUUCCAUCCUUGGAUCUUUAAUUCUUCAUUCUGUCUCCUUUCUCGUUUAUUUGUCUUUCCCUUCCUUCCUUCUUUACUCCCUUGUUUCCUAUCAUUUGUGUCCUUUUAUUUCCUUGCAGCCUUCAUUAUUUUCUUUCCUUGUGUCCUUUCUUUUCUUCCAUGUCCUUCUCCCGUCCUUCCUUGUCUCCUAAGUAACUUCCUUGUGUCCUUUAUUUUCUUGCAUCCUUCGCUGAUGUCUUUUGUUUUCCAUCCAUCCUACACUCUUCCUUCCUUCUUUCCUUUCUCCUUCCAUCAUUUGUGUCUUUUUUACUUCCUUGGACAUAUUAUUGGUUUCUUUAAUGUUUUCUUUCCUUUUCUUCCACCCUUGUGUCCUUCAUUGUCUCCUUUCCUCUAUCUUUCAUUGUGUCCUUGUUUCCCUAUUCAAAGUUUAUUCACUGUAGAAAGUAAAUCCAAAGUAACUCUU